UUCUUUCCCCUUCUCUUUCCACCUCAACUUUGACAGUCUUUGAAUGGAAGAUCAAGCGCAAAAAAUGGAGGCGUUGAAGAAGGCUUACGCGGAGAUCAUACUGAAUACAGCGAAAGAGGCAGCUAAUCGAGCAAUGGUAUCGGAGUGUAAAGCUCUUCGCUUUCAUCACGAUCUGCACAACACUAAAGACGAGGCGCUUCGGAUGCUUCUUCGAUUCAAACACAUAAUCGAUGCCAAGACAACUGAAGCAGAAAUGACAACGUUGGGCCAGCAAAAAAGAAUUGAAGAGUUGGAUGCUCAGCUUAACGAAACAGAAGGAGUGAUAGUUGAUCUUAGAGAGGAACUGAGAAAGGCACAUGAAAGAUUCGAGGAAGUGAAGAAGAGCCACAUGCUACAGUCAAAUGAACCAUUUGGAAACGAACACAUGCAUGAUAUUGAAGAUACAGCUCAUGAUAAGAAGAUAGAUGUUACUGAGCAGUUCAGAUCCUCUUCCCAAUGCGGUAGGUGUUCCAACUCAGCAAACAAGACUGCAACAUCAGGUCCUCACUUAGAUAACUUCUUCAUUGGUAACCCUAAUUUAGCUUCCGUAAACACAGGAAGCAAAGAGCCUGAUUUCUGUAGAAAUGGAUAUACUCAUAGAAUUCGAGCAAUUGAGAGGAAUCUGGUGGAUGGACAAAAUAUUUCUGAAGAUAGACCUGCCCAGGAACUUUGCACAAAAAAACAGUUAAUCAUAAAUGUGGAUGAAAAAAGUUCAGGAAAAUGUGCUCCAUCGUCUAUUGAUGCUGAGAGUAAAGACAUGAAUAUAGAUCCAAAGAACAUUAAUGGAUCCGAAGCUUUGUUCAUCAACAGUAGUGUUGCCAAAGAUCAAUCUGUUAAAGCUCAAAGACUUCCAAGAAACAGGGUUAGAUAUGCACAAUCGAGCCCCAAACUUUCUCGGUUCGAUUGCCGUGUUAUCAAGCCCACCGCAGUGCCAGAGAAUUUGAACCUCAAGGAGAACUCUCUUGGAAGGGAUGAAAAACUUUUAGAAACCAAUGAACAGAGUGCCUGUACCCUCCGUAGAAGCAUUAGGAAAAGGAAAGUGAGAUGUUUGGAUGAAAUUUCCUCAUUGUUCAAGUCACGUACUGCUCUUUCCCGUUGCAAAAAGAACUCGGGCAGUGCCGGUCUGAAAUUAGAUGAACAUCAAUACAGAUACAAAUCUGUGGCUGAGAUGAAUCAGAUGAUUGCCCCCAUAUCACCAUCUACAAAUGCUUCUGAAGAAACCAAGGACGAUGAAUUACCUGGGCCUCUUCAUAUCUAUCCUGUUGAGAACACCGGGUUGCUAAAUGAGUUAGUGGUUGAAAAAAAUGAAGUUGCUGCCAAAGAAUCUGCUGAACACACUGGUGGAUCUGCUUUUGAUAAUGAUAAAAACAGGCUUCUGAAGUAUACAUUCAGCAGGAAACGCAAGAAGAAUCUAUCUUCUAAAUCCGAUAAUUGCUCUAAUACUGGAAAGAGCAUUUUGAGCCGGAAAAUGGGAGAGAGAUCAAGUUUCUCCCCUGAACAGGAGAAAACCAGUCUGAUAGAAGACCCAUCUGCGGAUAGCCAGAACAUGGUUGAGGUUGCUUGCCAGCUAAUUUCGUUGUCGGAGGAACGUAGUUGGUGAAGGAGUUGGGUGCUUCAAAAUGUCAUCUUCCAGCAAUCGUAAGUGACUUUUAUAUGCCUAAAGAUUAGUUCAGAUAUUGAAGGGGUGUGUGUGUGUGUGUCUCACCAAUUGCAAGCUUAUGAUUUAUGAAAAUGGAAGUCUGGGUUUUAGUUAUAUAUUUUUGUUUCAUGAAGCAUCCAUGCAUGCAUUUUGCUUGAUGGAGGUACAUAAUUCGUUACUCAAGUUUAAUUAUCCUUGUUAAUUGGUAAAUCAGUAUGGCAAUUUAC